AUGUCUGGAGCUGGCGGGUUUAAAAAUCGUGCCGUCCCGCUAGUUCCGGUACUUGAUGCCGUACAAAUGAACAAGGUACAUCCUGACGGCACAAAAACGUCGUCCAACUCAUACCGGGUGACCUUUUCCGGCUCCGCUCUACCGAGCGUUCUCGUGAUUGGGCUCCUUCGACUACCUGUUCGUCUCUACGAACCGAAGGUAAUGCACUGCGCUAAAUGCCAGCAGUUGGGCCACACCGCACUUUACUGUAGCAACAAACCACGUUGCAGUAUGUGCGGUGAUCAACAUGCGGAGGGCUCCUGCAAUAUGGAGCCAAAAUGUGCCACUUGUGGCGAAUCUCCUCCCCACGAGCUCAGUGCAUGCCAGAAGUACGUAGAGCGGGAGAAACGCGACAUAAACUCACUUAAACAGCGAUCGAGGCGAUCUUAUGCAGAAAGGCUGAAAAAGAUCGCCCCGGUUGCUGUCUCAUCAGCCCAUCCUAUUACCAGCAACAAUAUCUUCGCAUCCCUGCCGGAUGAUCAAGGCUCUGACUCUGAGGGAGGCGAGGAGUACACUAUAAUUGAGACAGGAACGAAAAGGAAGCGAGCUGUUGCAAAACGGCACAUGCAACAGCAAGUUUCUCAAAACGCUCCUGUUACUCAACCAGCUCAGCGAAACCCUCUGGCAAAAUCAAGAAGCAGCGGAAGUACCAAAAAGGUUUCACCUCCAGGCUUUAAAUUUUCAUCUGGAGACUUUCCGUCGCUUCCGGGAGCAUCUAAAACCCCAGUUGCCCCAGUUUUUCGCCCAGAAAACCAACAAACUAGUCAACAGGAACGUCGACAGAAUUCAGUCGACCUUUCCGGAAAAUUGACUCUUUCUGGGAUAGUGGAUAUCAUCUUCGAAACGUUUAAUGUCUCCCCCACUAUAAGAAGUUUGAUAAACAUGGCACUUCCUUUUGUGAGACCUCUUCUGAAGCAACUGGCUUCAAAAUGGCCGAUUCUUGAAUCUUUCAUAUCUUUCGAUGGCUAA